AUGUCACCACCGCCGUGGUCAGGAACAUCUGGCGGUCGUGCCGGUGUCUCUCUCUCCAGAUCAACAACAGUCUCAGCGGUAACGACGAGAUCGACAGCAGCUUCGUCCCGGGCAGAACGCCGCAUCUCGCGCGAUGACAUGUUCUUGAGUCCUAGAAAGGGCCGCCUCACUGCCUUGGACAGACGCAUCUCCCGUGACGAUCUGUAUCUCAGCUCGCGGCCUUCAGACGGAGCUUUGUCUUCUCACUUCCCGCCUCGCAGAGGUAGCCUCGAACACCUGUCUAUUCCCGAGGAAAUGAAGAGCCCCAAUAGCGUCAUGUCGGCUGUGCCGGCACGCAUGGCCGCAGCCGAGCUGUCUUUGGCCGGAGAAAUUCAGAUCGGCAUGGCUUUGGGCAGUCCUUGCCAUCCGCCACCGAACCUGCGGACACAUCCACUCUCGCCAGAACAGCCGACAUGGACAAUGUCCUCCCGGGCCCCUCUUGACACCACUGCCGCACCACCGGAGGUAGGCCUCCCUUCACCUGUCGAGGCAGCGGCUCUGGUAGCUGCUCCGGCCUCUUCGGCCCCCUCCUCUACACCCGCUCCUGGUGCAUCCUUGCAGCGCACCAAAACCCGGCGCAAGCUGUUUGGCAUCUUUGGUAGCAGGCGGCACCAGGAGACAGCAGCCUCGUCGUCAGCAUCGUCUGCUCAGGAUCCCCCAACCGUUGCAUCGUCCACUGCGCCAAUGCCCGCCACAGACAGCCUUGUUCAAGCGGCGAACUCCAACACCGUCGGAGCCGCUGCUGCCUCGCAGUCGCGGCCAUCUGCCAUGAGCCGUAGCGGAACCAAGAAGUACCAGCCAAUAGUGGUCCCGACAAUGCAGCCGGACUUGGCGCUGUCCUCGCCCGCGUCGAACUCUGGGCCCAACAGCACUGCGAAAGAUGCCCGCAUGAAGCCCCGUAUGCGCUCCAAGACCAUCGGACAAGCCGCUAGCAAGCGCCCCGGGCUGGAAUCGAUCAACUUCGCGGCACCCAUGUCAUCUUCCGGCGGCCAGAAACAGUCCGUCGGGUCUGUCGCUACGAGUCCCUACCUCAACGUCGAAAUCCCGGAGUUCCACCUCGAGCGCUACAGCGUCAUGUUUGGCGACGUGCUGAACCCGGAAGCAUGUGCCAUGCCGGGAUCCUCGGCGUGGCAGCCUGCCUCGUCAUUGCUGGCACGUCGCCAGGCGACCUUGGACAGGCUGAAGAUGAUUAACGGGGGCAAAAUGCAGGCAAACCAGGGUUGCGUCGUGGCCGACACGAAUGCUCUAUACCCUCCUCAGCCCUUGCAGCGACGUGCCACAUCGCCGCGUCUAGCCAAAUCCCCCGUCUCGUCACUUGUCUCAUGCCAGGCGCAGGGGGGCGAGGAAAACACAAGCAGCGCGGGUGCUGGUGUUGCCAUUCCUGUAGGAGUUGUCGUCUCGUCACCGCGCUUUCGUUCUAACACCUCCCCCUCGUUGGUGCAGCCAGCUGGCGCUCCCGUGGCGCAAAAUAAGUCGAGAUGGAUUAACCCACUACGGGGGAACCCGACUGUAUACGGCGCACCGAGGAGGGCCGCAACCGUCUCGGCCAGCUCUUCCUCGACAGGCCCACGGACAGCAGCCCAGUACGAGCCUGUGCUGUCCAGCUUGAUCAUGGAGUCGCCAACAGACUUGGACUAUUCGACGGCCGAAGAGGAUGGCGAGGACGAGGAGAAGGCGCUGCGAGUAGUCCAGCCUUUCAAGCCCGUGUUGUCACCUGCUAUGUCGCCGCCUUCUUCCCGCUCAGCAGCCUCAGCCAUUCGGCUGGGUCGAAACGAGCGGCUGCAGGAGACGCGGAUGGCGACGCCAAAGCUGGUACUUGCAGAAACGACUAUGGCCUCGGCAGGGUCUCCCCAGAACAGCCAGAAGCUGCAGCUAAGGGAUGAUGGGUGGCUCAAGGCACCGUAUCAACCACAGAACACGCACCUUUCUCCCACACGAUACAACGGCAGCAGCCCGACUGUGGCGCAGGCUGCGCAAAACCGGAAGAGCGAAUUGGUCGUCCUGGAGGCGGCUUAG